GGAGUAACAUGUGCCGUGUUCAGAAUCUACAGGUUUGAACAGUUCGCAGCAUGAAAACGGCUGGCGGUUGCAGUAGCACUUCGACAGUAACUCUGUGCAUUUUCUGGGGACCUAGCCGCGAAAAUGAAGGCGUUGUGGCUAGUUUAAAAUGACGUCCAUUAAAGAAGAUGAAAAGAAAGAAAUUCCAGAAAUCAUUCACGAUCCUCAGACCAACAGCACUUACCAGAGGUUACGAUUUUUUGGAAAGGGUGGUUUUGCAAAAUGCUACGAGAUACAGGACUUGAGCACCAAUCAGGUGUAUGCUGGCAAAAUUGUAUCCAAAAAAUUGAUGGUGAAGUCAAGUCAAAAAGAGAAGAUGGCUCAAGAGAUCUCCAUACACAGAUCUCUGCAACACAAACAUGUGGUUGGCUUUCAUGGCUUCUUUGAAGACUCUUUGAACAUCUACAUCAUACUUGAGCUCUGUAAGAAAAGGUCAAUGAUGGAGCUCCAUAAACGUAGAAAAGCUAUCACGGAGCCAGAAACAAGGUUCUACAUGCAUCAGAUACUACUUGGUGUUCAAUACUUGCACAGCAGACGGAUAAUCCACCGUGACUUAAAAUUGGGCAACCUUUUCCUGGACGAUGACCUACGUGUCAAAAUUGGAGACUUUGGCCUGGCAGCCAAAAUUGAAUUUGAAGGAGAGAGAAAGCAGACUUUAUGCGGCACGCCAAAUUACAUAGCGCCAGAGAUAUUGACGAAGAAGGGCCAUUCCUUCGAAGUGGACAUAUGGAGCUUGGGUUGCAUCAUGUACACACUGCUGGUCGGCAAGCCGCCCUUCGAAACUUCCACGCUCAAAGAUACCUAUAAGAGAAUCAAGCAGUGUGAAUACAGUGAGGGCGUAUAUCUAGCAAUGAGCGCUUGCCUCGCCGGCCCGUGGCACAGUUUGGGCAGCCGUUGUGCGCAGGCUCUAGUCAACGAUAACACUGUCAAUCAACGUUACAGAAUCCCGUCGUCACUGCGCAAGGCGGCGGCGUCGAUGAUAGUGCUGCAGUUGCAGUCAGUGCCAGCGCGGCGCCCCUCUGUUGACAAGCUGCUGCAGCACGAGUUCUUCUCGUCGGGCAUCCUGCCGGCCGCGCUGCCGCUUUCGUGCCUCACCACUGCCCCCAGAACAGACCAGCUUGAGGGCAUGGCUCUGCAACGCCGCCCGCUCAAUGAAGUUAAUAUGAAUGAAAACGUGCCCAUGGCGGUGGAUUCGCCGGUGAAGCGCGACCCGAUCCCUGCGGAGCCGCGCUCCGUAGAACCCACCUCACACAGACAGAAUCUCAUCGCACUACGCGACCAACUCGCUGCGUUGCUUACAAGCAAGCUAAAAUGUCGUCCGGAGUGCCUGACCGACGAGCUGGGCGACCCGGCGGCCCAGCCGCUCGUGUGGGUCAGCAAAUGGGUGGAUUACAGCGACAAGUAUGGGUUCGGGUACCAGCUGUGCGAUGAGAGCGUUGGCGUCAUGUUCAACGAUACCACCAAACUAAUCAUGCUUGCUAAUGGAGUGAAUGUGCACUAUAUCAAUCGAAAUGGCCAGGAGCAGUACAUGACAAUGCGCACAUACCCACGAGAUCUCGAAAAGAAGAUGAAAUUACUCACAUACUUUAGGCGGUAUAUGACUGAGCACCUUAUGAAAGCAGGUGCGUCGGUCCCAGUGAGAGAAAGCGACGGUUUGUCGCGAUUGCCGCAUCUGCACCAGUGGUUCAGAACAACACUGGCGGUCAUUAUGUACCUGACUAAUGGAACAUUACAGAUAAAUUUCCAAGACCACACAAAAAUAAUACUGUGUCCGCUCAUGCAAGCCGUCACGUAUAUUGAUGUGGACAAGAACUUCAGAACAUUCAGAUUCAGCACUGUAGAGGAACACGGCUGCGACAAGAAGCUUUACACCAACCUUACUUACGCACUGGAGAAAUUAAACAGCGUGCUCGCCAAUAAACUAUGCUAACCACCGGAAAUCUGUUACUGCGGAUUUGGUACAUAAUAUUUAAUUAAAUGAAUUGAUUAUGAUGCCGCCUGGCAUUUUUUUAGCAGGACCCGUUAGUAGGGGUUAUAAGAAACGCACUCUAAACCGUAUACAUUGUUUUUAAUGUCCUCUGUUGAAAUGCGAGUGAGCACUACAAAUUAUACAGCUAUAAUUAAUGUAUGAUGCCGCCUAGAUGUAUUAAAAUACCAUGUCGAUAUCUUUAAAUUGUAAAAAAUUGCGCUACUUAUUCUCCUACUAAUCGUAGAUUUAGUGCACAAAGGCGAAGCCAAUCACGCCUAAUAGUUAGAUUUACUAUUUCGAAAGUAUAUUGCCAGAAAAUCAAUUUUAUUAACUUAUAUUUUCUUAAUUUAAUGUUCAUUACACUUCUAUGCAAUAGCCCCUGUCAGUAACAAUUAUGGAAAAUAUGAGUUCUAUGUUGGUUGGUUGAAGUACAAAUCUCGAUUACUUCUGUCUCUGACUAUGUCUACCUUUGUGGUGGUGAUAUAUGUUAAGAUAAAUCUUAGUUGUAUCUUUUCGUUUCUAGUGCUGUAUUGUAAUUGAAGUAAAGUGCACCAAGACUGAGGGGCUGGGGUGCGUGCCUUUACACAAGAAUUUCGAAUUGUUUAUUUAGUUUUAUAACUAUAUUUUUAUAACGUGUUUGUGUGCUUCAAUAACAUUGUAUGGGAAAUGAAUAAUUUUGCUAAUUCUCUUCAUCAAUUUUACGUAUUUUUUCUUGGAAACAGAAAAAUUCUCUUUUGUAUGUAUUUCUUUAAAUCUAGAUUUUUCAAUAAACGAAUAUACACGUCAGUAUUACCGCAAUUGAUGUUGAAGCACUGGUGUUUGAACCUUGCGUUUUCCGAGGCACGGUUCACUUAUGUAUUAUAACAAAAACAUACAUACUAUACUAUUUUUGACAAUAAAGUUACAUUAAAAUAAA